UCUCAUAGCGUGUUCUGUUUUAAAGAUACGAACAUUUACAAACACAAAGAAAACACGCACCAUACAAUUUAUCUUGCUUGGUUGAGUGUUUUUUUUCGCAAAUAUAUACGUUCUAUAAUGGCGUCGACUAAAAAUGCAAACAACGCAAUGAACAACCCCAUUGCAAGGCAAAAGUAUGACAAAUAUGGCCCCUAUGGAGCCAAACUGGCUCUAGCAGAAAAAAAAUUGCUCCGGCCGAAGGAAAACACCCGGAACAAAGUGCUGGUUGCUCUAACAUAUGUCCUAAUAAUGCUGGGAUCUCCAGCCUUACUUUCAACGUAUUAUUUGCUGUUCUUCGAGGAAAAUGCGACUAGAAAUGGGGUGGUUACUACAACAGCUGCCCCGGACUUAUCUGCGGUUACAACUAUUGCGGCGACAACGGAGGCUGUAGAAAAUACAACCGAAGAUCCGGUAACAGGUGACGGGGAUGCUGGAACCGGAGAUGGCGGAACUGGAGGUACUGGAACCGGAGAUGGCGGAACUGGAGGUACUGGAACCGGAGAUGGCGGAACUGGAGGUACUGGAACCGGAGAUGGCGGAACUGGAGGUACUGGAACCGGAGAUGGCGGAACUGGAGGUACUGGAACCGGAGAUGGCGGAACUGGAGGUACUGGAACCGGAGAUGACGGAACUGGAGGUACUGGAACCGGAGAUGGCGGAACUGGAGGUACUGGAACCGGAGAUGGCGGAACUGGAGGUACUGGAACCGGAGAUGGCGGAACUGGAGGUACUGGAACCGGAGAUGGCGGAACUGGAGGUACUGGAACCGGAGAUGGCGGAACUGGAGGUACUGGAACCGGAGAUGGCGGAACUGGAGGUACUGGAACCGGAGAUGGCGGAACUGGAGGUACUGGAACCGGAGAUGGCGGAACUGGAGGUACUGGAACCGGAGAUGGCGGAACUGGAGGUACUGGAACCGGAGAUGGCGGAACUGGAGGUACUGGAACCGGAGAUGGCGGAAUUGGAGGUACUGGAACCGGAGAUGGCGGAACUGGAGGUACUGGAACUGGAGAUGGCGGAACUGGAGGUACUGGAGCCUGAAAUACUAGUACAAUUCAGCCCUAAGCAUAAGAACUGAUAUUUGUUUUUAGUUUUAACACUUGAUGUUUAUAAAUUGUUCAUAAGAAAAAGUUUUGAUUGAUUCUU